AUGCAAUUAUGUAGUGUUUUUGAAUGAUCGUUUGAUUUUUUUAAAUUUUUUUCAGCUGGGAUGAAUGGGUUCCAGAAAGCAGAGUGCUCAAAUACGUGGAUACCAAUUUGCAGAAACAAAAAGAACUUCAAAAGGCCAACCAGGAACAAUAUGCAGAGGGGAAGAUGAGAGGUGCUGCUCCGGGGAAGAAGACUUCUGGUCUGCAGCAGAAAAAUGUUGAAGUAUUUUUCAGACGAGAUGGAGCGCAUACUGUUUGCUGUUUGGAGACCCCUACAAUAUCGACGCGGAAAACAAAAAAGAACAAACAGAAAACUCCAGGAAUUGGAGAAGGGAGCAGUACCAGUGAGACUCCUCAGCCUCCGAGGAAGAAGAGGGCUCGAGUAGAUCCAACGGUUGAAAGUGAAGAAACAUUUAUGAACAGAGUUGAAGUGAAGGUGAAAAUCCCAGAAGAGCUGAAACCAUGGCUGGUAGAUGACUGGGACUUGAUCACCAGGCAGAAGCAGCUCUUCUAUCUUCCUGCCAAGAAGAAUGUUGACUCCAUUUUAGAGGAUUACGCAAACUACAAAAAAUCACGAGGAAAUACUGAUAACAAGGAGUACGCAGUCAAUGAAGUUGUGGCUGGAAUUAAAGAAUACUUCAAUGUCAUGCUGGGAACUCAGCUGCUGUACAAGUUUGAGAGGCCCCAAUACGCUGAAAUUCUAGCAGAUCACCCAGAUGCUCCAAUGUCUCAAGUCUAUGGUGCCCCACACCUGCUGAGGUUGUUUGUACGAAUCGGAGCUAUGCUUGCUUACACUCCUCUUGAUGAGAAGAGUCUGGCUUUGCUGUUAAAUUAUUUGCAUGACUUCUUAAAGUAUCUAGCAAAGAAUUCCUCGGCACUGUUUAGUGCCAGUGACUAUGAAGUAGCCCCUCCCGAGUAUCACCGGAAAGCAGUGUAAUGCCGUGCGGCUUUGCACUGAAGUGAUCACGGGAGCCUUUAACGCUGUCCACUUCUGCGUCCCGCUCUGCACCUCCCCAUCGCACAGAGUGUGUGAGCAUCACGUGAAUAAAGCUGUGUGUUGAAAAUGGAGCUGGCAUUUGUAAGUUCUGAAGAUCU